UUGAGAAACAUAUUUAUUUUUUAAAGUUUGCAAGAGUAGUAGAAAAUCAAAUAACGGAAAUAAACGUUCCAUGUAGUAUAAUAGGAUUGAUUGGGUGUCCUGCUUAUAUAAAUGGAUACCACGUUCAGCUAGCUAUGAAUUCUAUAAAAUGUAAGGUCUUGGGGAGCAAUAUACCAGGGCCUUUUCAAAUUGAUGUUUCAAAGUUGACAUAUAAGGAACCUUAUAAUUCGAUCAAAUUAAAAGAUUUAUUGUAUUUAUUACCAGAUGAUGGAAAUGUAAUUUUUUCUGAGGAAUAUAAUUUAGAUGAAACUGAAGUAGUAUGGACUUACGAACCUGGAAAGAUAAUGGAAACUCCUUUACCAGAUGAUUAUGUUGAUCCAAAUUUUGUUAACAAACGAGGCAAAAGAAUUCAACUAACAUAUAAGGAUUAUUGGCCCAAACAAUAA